UUUUCUUUUUUUCACCUCCAUUUUUUCGUAUAGUUGAUUGUUAGUUUUGGAGUUCUCUCAACGUUAGAGAGAAAGGAGGGAUAAAAGCAUAGAAGGAAUAGUUCUGCAACAAUUCGUUGUAUUGAACAAAAGAAUUUGAUCCCAAAUAUUGAACUGAUUUUUUAUAUAUUUGUUGUUAAGAUUAGAUCUGUUCGCUGUUUUUCCCUUUCUGAAGGGGAAGAACUUUACUGAAAUGAAGCGGUUACGAGAUGAGGUUUAUGUAAACCCUCAAUUUAAGCGGCCAUUGGAUUCUUCGUCUUCUCGUGGAGAAUCGUAUGGGCUGUCGCGUGCCCCUGGUUGUGGAAGUGGCAGUGUUGUAGGAGAUGGUGCUAUUACUGGAGGCAGUGGCGGCGGUAGUAUACAAAAGCUUACAACCAAUGAUGCACUUACUUAUUUGAAGGAAGUCAAGGACAUGUUCCAAGAUGAAAGAGAAAAAUAUGACAGGUUUCUUGACGUCAUGAAAGAUUUCAAGGGACAGAGAAUUGAUACGGUCGGUGUUAUAGCACGGGUGAAAGAGUUAUUUAAGGGGCAUCCUAAUCUCAUCCUUGGGUUCAAUACGUUCUUGCCCAAGGGUUAUGAAAUCACCCUUACUGACGAGGAAGAGGCUCCAAAAAGGACAGUUGAGUUUGAAGAGGCCAUAAGUUUUGUAAACAAGAUUAAGAAAAGAUUCCAAAAUGAUGAUCAUGCUUAUAAAUCAUUCCUUGACAUCUUGAAUAUGUAUCGAAAGGAACACAAGGGUAUCACUGAGGUCUACCAAGAGGUUGCAGCUCUAUUUGAUAAUCAGCCAGAUCUUCUUGAUGAGUUCACUAGAUUUUUGCCAGAUUCUUCAGCCACGGCAUCAGUAACAAAUGCUUCUUUUGGACGGCGUCCUUUGAAUCAUUACGAGGAGAGGAGCUCUGCAAUGCCCACAUCGCGGCCAUCUCAAGAAGAUAAGCAACGUUUGCGGAGGGAUAGGAUUAUAAGUCCCCAUGGAGAACGCGAUCUAAGUGUUGAGCACCCAGAUCUGGAUGAUGAUAAAACAGUGAUGAAGUUGCAUAAGGAGCAGAGAAAGCGUGCUGAAAAGGAGAACAAGGAUAGGGGAUACUGUGAUCAGGAUGAUAGGGAACCUGACAAUGAAAAUGAUGGGGACACUAGCAUGCAUCGACUUUCUGAGAAAAGGAAAUCCUCCCGAAAGUUUGAUGACUUUGGAGGGAAUUCUAAUUUGGCCUCCUAUGACGAUAAAGAUGCAUUUAAAAGCAUGUACAGCCAAGAGUUCACCUUCUGUGAAAAAGUUAAGGAGAGGUUACGCAGUUCGGAUGAUUACCAGGCUUUUCUGAAAUGUCUUCAUAUUUACAGCACAGAAAUAAUCACAAGAAAAGAAUUACAGAGUUUGGUUGCUGAUUUACUUGGUAAAUACCCUGAUCUUAUGGAGGGAUUCAAUGAAUUUUUGGAACGCUGUGAGCGAAUUGAUGGAUUUCUUGCUGGUGUUAUGGGCAAAACAGAAUCAUUACGGAAUGAAGGGCAUUCUUCAAAGGCCUUGAAAAUAGAGGACAAAGAUAAAGAACAAAAGCAUGAAGUAGAUGGAAUUAAAGAAAAGGAUAGAUACAAUUUGAAGUACUGGGGAAAGUCCGUUCAGGAGCUUGACCUUUCUAACUGUGAAAGUUGCACUCCCAGUUAUCGGCUUCUUCCCGAGGAUUAUCCAAUAACUUCAGCAAGCCAGAGGUCGGAGCUUGGUGCUCAAGUUUUAAACGAUCAUUGGGUAUCCGUCACAUCUGGUAGUGAGGAUUACUCUUUUAAACACAUGCGUAGAAACCAGUAUGAAGAAAGCCUGUUUAGAUGCGAAGAUGAUAAAUUCGAACUAGACAUGUUGUUGGAGUCUAUGAGUUCGACUGUGAAACGUGCUGAGGAACUCUUGAACAGUAUCAACAAUCAUUCAAUUGGUUCAGAUGUUAACAUACGUAUUGAGGAGCAUUUCACAGCUCUAAACUUGAGAUGCAUUGAACGUCUAUAUGGCGAUCAUGGUCUUGAUGUGAUGGAAAUUUUGCGUAAAAAUCCAUCCCUUUCGUUACCUGUUAUUCAAACCCGCCUUAAGCAGAAGCAAGAGGAAUGGACGAAGUGUCGUUCGGAUUUUAACAAAGUUUGGGCUGAGAUUUACUCUAAGAACCAUUACAAGUCUCUUGACCACCGCAGCUUCUAUUUCAGGCAACAAGAUUCAAAGAAUUUGAGCACUAAAUCUUUAGUUGCAGAUAUCAAAGAUGUCAAGGAGAAAAAGCAGAAAGAGGAUGAUAUAAUUGUCAGUAUUGCUUCUAGAAGUAGACAUUUUGUCAGUCCAAAUCUCGAAUUUCAAUAUUCUGAUGUUGAUGUUCAUGAAGAUGUGUAUAAAAUCAUCAAGUAUUCAUGUGAGAUGGUCUGCUCGACAAAAGAACAAUUAAAUAAGGUUCUGAGGUUAUGGACUUCUUUUCUUGAGCCGAUGCUGGGGGUUCGUACCCGGCCUCAUGGUACAGGGGUUACUGAAGAUGGUGGUGCCUCCAAGUGCCAAACUGUGAAAAACGCUUCAAUAAACGUAGUUGAAAGGGAUGAAAGUCCCUGUGCUGAUGCUACUACCAUAAACUUAAAGCAACCGAAGCAUAUCUGCAAUGGAGAUCUAAAUGCUUCAACUCAACAAAUAAAUUCCAGCAAGACUGGCUUCACAAAUGGGGUUGGUGUGCUGGUUAAAGCAGGUGGAUCAACUGUGUCAUCUGGCGAAAGAUUAAUCAACUGUGACACAGCUGCUACAACAGGAUCUGAUUCUAAUCAUGGGUGUGGUGCAAAUCAUUCACGAGCCAGUAACAGCCCUACUGAGGAAGUUCUUGGAACCAAGCCGAAUAUGGAAGAUAUUAUGUCCUUGGAGGAUGGUGAAACAUCACGGUUGAAUCAAUCUGCAAAUGGAGUGUUUGAAGAAGUCUCCAGACGUAAUGGAUAUAAGGAGGGUUCGGGUAAUCCCUGUAAAAAUGAUAAAGAAGAAGGCGAGCUAUCUCCUACUGGUGAUUUUGAAGACAAUUUUGCCACCUAUACGGAUGGCUGCUUACAAACCGCUCGUAAUAAAAAUCAUAGCAAUGACAACAUAGAAUAUGAAGGCUGCCAUGAAGAGAUUUCUCCAGAUGUUACCGGUGAAAAUGAUGCUGAUGACGAGGGCAGUGAAAAUGUCUCCGAGGCUGGCGAAGAUGUUUCAGGCAGUGAGUCUGCUGCCGAUGAGUGCUCCCGGGAAGAGCAUGAAGAAGAGGAACAUGGAGAACACGAUGGCAAAGCUGAGAGCGAAGGUGGGGCUGAAAAUAUGAAUGAAGCUCACUGUGUUGAACGAGAUGGUGUAUUAGUGCCACAGCCUGAUUGUUUCCUACUGACUUGUAAACCCUUGUCAAAGUAUGUGGUUUCUCCAUUACUAAGUGAUGAGGAAAAGGAUCGACGAAUAUUUUAUGGGAACGACACCUUCUACGUGCUUUUCAGGCUGCACCAGACGCUAUAUGAGAGGAUAUUAUCAGCUAAGGUGAACUCAGCGUCUGCUGAAUCCAAAUGGAGAAGCACAAAGGACACAUGCUCUGACCCCUAUGCAAGAUUCAUGAGUGCACUGUUCAGUUUGCUUGAUGGAUCUGAUGAUAAUGCAAAAUUUGAGGAUGAUUGUCGAUCAAUUCUUGGAAAUCAGUCUUAUGUCCUUUUUACAUUGGAUAAGCUGAUAUAUAAGUUGGUCAAACAGCUCCAAGCCGUUUCCAGUGACGAGUUGAACUGUAAGCUGCUCCAAUUGUACGAGUAUGAAAAAUCUCGAAAACAUGGAAAUUAUAUAGAUUCGGUUUAUUAUGAGAAUGUUCAUAUCCUUUUGAACCACGAGAAUAUAUACCGUCUUGAAUGUACGUCUUCCCCCACUUCUUUGUCUAUCCAAUUGAUGGAUGAUGGAAAUGAGAAGUCUGAAGUUGUUGCAGUUUCGGUGGACCCUAACUUCGCAAACUAUCUCCAUAAUGAUUAUCUUCCAGUGGUUCCUGGACGAAAGGAGUCAUCUCUGGUAAUGCUGAAGAGAAAUAUGCAGAAAUAUGACAAUCUCGAUGAAUCUUCUGCUGUGUGUAUGGCUGCCAAAAAUGUUCUGUUGAUUAAUGGUUUGGAAUGUAAGAUGGCAUCAAACUCAUCCAAGAUCUCUUAUGUCCUGGACACGGAGGACUUUUUUAUUCGUUUGGGAAGGAAAAGAAACCGAUUGGGAGACAGAUCGUCUUGCAAUAACCAGGCUAGGGUAUUACGAUUUCACCAAUUUUUGACCACCUCUAUAUGAUAUAAACUGGCCAUUUUAUCAAGAGUGUACUGUCAUUUGUUCUGCUCGAGACAUUACUGAGCAGUUCAUUACUUCUCAACAAGCCCCGUUAACCCCAAGGGAACAGAGUUGCUCGGGAUUGUAGUAUCUUGUGAGCUUAUCUAAAUGGUACGUGCUUCAUUCAUCUGUAUAUAGCAGUGGCCCAUACUCUCAAUUGUAGAAUCGUGUUUGUUCAUUUAGAGUGCUUUCAUGGGCAAAAAAUUGCCUGCUCUUUUAUUUUGUAAUAUCUAUUAGUCCGUAUUUUCCCAGAAAUGGAGUUUCUGGCACUGGCUUUGCUAUAGAAUAUGUUAGAGAUAGUGAUGGGAAAGGGAAAAAUAUUAUAGCAGAAUGUUCAGACUUUAAAAUUCCAUUAUGUUCUAUUAGCUUUGUACAGAGCUUAAAUCCUGAAUCGUGUUCUUACUGGGUUUAUGUCUACUGGGUUUAUGUUUCA